AGUUUGAACGAUGAUUUCGCCGUGAUUUAUACCCGCCCCCAUACCCAUCCUUCGUCUUCCAUCCUUUCUUUCUGUCCACAUUUCUCCUUUCUUUCUCUUUUGUUUCUGUUCCUUUCGCUUUCCAUUUCUAAUUUCUUUCUUUCUUUCUUUAAUCCCUCCCCUCAAUCAAGGGGGAGAAAGAGAAAGGAAACAGAAUCCCAUUUCUUGUGGAAGCUUUUAAUUCUUCUUCUCCCUCUUGGAAGUCCGGUGAUUUUUCCGACGACUUCCAUGACGGAGAAAUUGCUUUCCUUCCCUCUUUGACUCUCUCUCACUUUCUUUCGUGCCCAUGUGUUGGGGUACGUUCCCAAUGAUGAUGAUUAUUGGGGCUGACCGUGGUUUGUUGGCUUUAAUUUUGAGGAAGAAGAGAAGUUGAGAGUUGAGACAGGUCGUAAGGCAUUGUACUUGUUCAUCCACCACCUGCAUUCUUCCAUGGCUGACAGCUCAGAGUUUUGAUGUAUCCUAUUCCUCUACAACCCCCAACUCCCUCCCCCAGGUAAAAAAAAAAACCUUUUCCAUUUCAGGAGGGGGGUUCCAAAUUCCAAAUUUAGCUAGUUUUUAUUCAUCUACGAAACCCAGUUCCCAAACUUUGGACUGAUUGAUUGAGGGAGAGUUUCAGGAGUUUUCCUGAAAUCUCAAACAUCCAUUCUCAUUUUCCCCAUAGUUAUUAUAAUACUUCUCUCCUCCUCCUCCUCCUUCCUCUAAAUUAAGCAUUUAUAUCGGAGAGUUGGAACUCCAAUAAAAAGCGGUUGAUGAAUUGGAUGAAACUUACAGCUCAUUCACGGUAGAAUGUUCCUCAUACCUACUCUCCGAUCUCAUCUCCGUAUAAAACCCUUUAAUUAAUCCCCUUUCCCUCAUUUUUAGCAGUUGUUUACCCCCAUCAAUUCUCUCUCUGUCCUAGAGUACUUCCUUCUUAUUCUAUCCUCCUCCUCUUUCUUUCGGAAUCUAUCCGUCUCUUCAAUAAUGGGUUGUGCGAGUUCCAAGCAAUCGAGAUGCCGCCACUGCGGGAAGAACCCAUCUGCUCUCUCUCGCAGCAAUUCAGUACCGGUACACCUUCCCGUCCCUGUCUCCGCCUCCGUCUCUGUCUCCGCCCCUGUCCCAGUCCCCAAACCGGCGCCGGGCAAAUGCGACGGCAAUCAAAUCGUCGCCUUCACCUCCUACACAUUGGGUUCUCUUAGGCUUGAUUCUCCUCUUCACAAUAAUCAACCUGACCAUUAUCACUGCUUCACCGAUGGUGGUAUCCCUCUUGACAAUGACGACGACCAUGAAGGGCACUUCUAUUACGAUUGCGAAAAAGAGAAUAGGCAGAGAAAUAAUUCCGGCAACCAUGACAGCAACAAGAGCAAGGAGGAAUUCUCCAGGGAGAUUCGAUUGGCAAAGACGUGGUCGGACAUGAUCAAAGAGAAGAUCCCCAAGGUCGUUCCCAAGACCCCAAUUAGAACUCCGCCAGGCGAACCAGAGACCAUCAAUACGUGGGAAUUAAUGGAAGACCUAGAAGACAGCAGCAGCCCAUUCCGCCUUUCCGAUCCUGCCGACCCCAACCGCUGCUUCUCCUUUCACACCCUCCCCGAUUCGAUACCCUCCGACCCCUUAAAUCCCAAAUUAGAGCAGGGAAACGGCGACGAAACGCCCAUUCCGCAAUGGCUUCAGAUUUCCAACAGCGAUCCCGAUCCCAAUGCCAAGCCCAGUCUCUCAGAUUUUGAUCCGGAGAUCAUAUCCACGUUCAGAAAGGCGCUGGAAGAUAUAUCCCCGACGAACACCUCUCUUCUCCGGUCACCGGAACCCGAGAAGAUUGCCUCGCCUAUCAAUAACCGGUGGUUGUCGAUCCUAUCUUCGAAGACAGAGGAGACGGACAAGAAGAAGACCUCAAACGGUUUGAUGACAAGUGGGUGUGAGUGCCCGCCAGGUGGAGAGGACAAGGUGGUGAUUUACUUUACGAGCCUGAGAGGGGUGAGGAAGACGUACGAGGACUGCUGCAAUGUAAGGGUGAUCAUUAAAGGGUUGGGCGUUCAAGUGGACGAGAGGGACGUUUCGAUGCAUUACGCGUUCAGGGAGGAGCUGAAGGAGUUAGUAGGAAAUGGGUUCAGAGGUGGGUUGCCCAGGGUGUUCGUGAGGGAAAGGUACAUUGGUGGUUUUGAUGAGAUAAAGCAGUUGCACGAAGACGGAGGUCUCGAGAAGCUUAUCCAGGGCUGCCGAAAGGUGGAUGAUGGAGGUGGCGGCGGCAGCGAUGGUAGUGUAUGUGGGGUAUGCGAGGCUUGUGGGGAUAUAAGGUUUGUGCCAUGCGGGAGGUGCUCGGGGAGCUGUAAGAUCUAUUACGAAGGUGGGGAAGGGGAGGAAGAGGAAGAGGAAGAGGAAGAGGAGGAGGAAUUUGGAUUUGUACGGUGCCCAGAUUGCAAUGAGAAUGGGAUCGUUCGCUGCCCCAUCUGUUGUUGAUAGUACCCUGUCAGUCGUCAGAGAGGUACAGAGUCGAGAACUACUUGUUCCAUUUCAAUUGCAGGCUUGAAGCCCAUGACCGAUUCUCUCUCUGUCUCUCUCUCCUCCCCUCUUCUGUUCUUCUCUCUUUUUGUUUAUUGGUUUCCUCUCUAUUUUUGUAUUUACUUUACUCAUUAUUGUACAGUGAGAGAAGUUUUGAUAUUGUUACAUAAGAAAUAAGAAGGAAGAAAAUGGAGAUACUCUUGUUAUUAAGGAGAGAGAGAGAGAGAGAGAGAGAGAGAGAGAGAGAGUAUCAUGAAAAGAAUAAAAUUGUGGAUAGGUGUGGAUUUUGUUGAUUGAUAAAUCAUAUUUUCCCCAA